AUGUCCCACCCCCGGGUAGAAGAAGUCUCGGAGAGCGACAGCGAUGUCGACAUGUCGGACCCCUCCGAGGGCGACAUCGACGACUUCGUUGAGUCCGACAUCAUGCGACAAAUCAACACACGCCCCCAGCAGCAACAACAGCAGAAACAACCACCCCAACGACAGCAACAACAACAACAACAACAACAAUACCCCCAAAUGCAAACCACCACCGACGACAAAGCCUACAAAGCCUACCAGUGCCUCUACCCAGUCUACUUCGACGCAACCCGCACACGGGCCGAAGGCCGGCGCGUAUCGCGCUCUCUCGCCGUCGCCAACCCACUCGCCAUCGACAUCGUGCAGGCCUGCGCAGGCCUGCGCCUCCAAACCGUCCUCGAAGCGGGCAAGAUCCACCCCAAGGACUGGGCGAACCCGGGGCGCGUCAAGGUCAACCUGCGCCAGCAGCAGCAGCCGGCCACCAUCAAAAACAAGCAUCACCUCUACACGCUCGUGGCGCAGCACCUGCUCGCCAACCCGACCACCGACAGCUCGCGCUCGCUGCGCAUGGAGGUGCGCGGGGCGCCGAUGCCCCCGCAGGCGCAGGAGCCCGGGGCGGCGUGGCCGCGGCCGGCGGUGCCGCGCGGGUGGAAGAUGGGGGAACUGCUGCCGUACUACAGCCCGGCGAUGACAGGCGGCGGGGUGAGCGAGAACUUCCUCAAGGACAUGAUGAAGGAGAUGCAGCAGGGCGGCGGGGGCGGGCCCGGUGGCAUGCCGGAUAUGGCGAGUCUGAUGGCGGCUGCCGGUGCCGCCGGUGGUGGUGGCGGUGGUGCGGCUGGUGGGAGUGGGAGUGGCGGGGGUAAGAGGGAGAAGAAGGGGAAGGGGAAAUAG